GCAUGUGUGGGGUGUUGCGGCAUCUCCUUACAAUCUGUAGAUCAGCCCGACCUUGAUAAACCCGACUGGCCCAGACUGUGCAUGGUAUGAAUGGAGGUGUCCCCCAAACCAGCGGACAGACGCGAGUGUCGAGGCCUAGGUAGAAUGGAUGUGGGGAGUAUAACAGUUUGUCAGCACUGGGCCUGCACUCGCUGGAGAUUUGAACAAUUGACCUUAUUGAAAAUUCCCGAAAGGCCUGGAUAGAGUGGAUGUAGAGAGGAUGUUUCCACUAGUGGGAGAGUGCAGGACCAGGGGACACAGCCUCAGAAUAAAGAAACUCCUUUUAGAAUGGAGAUGAGGAGGAACUUCUUUAGCUAGAGCGUGGUGAACCUGUGGAAUUCAAUAUCACAGACGCCGGUGGAGGCCAAGUCAUUGGGUAUUGUUAAGGCGGCUAGUGAUAAAUUCUUGAUUAGUUCGGGUAUCAGGGGUUAUGGGGAGAAAGCAGCAAAAUGGGGUUGAGAAUGAAAAAAUAGAUCAGCCAUGAUCGAAUGACUCGAUGGGCCGAAUGCCCUAUUUAUGGUCCCAUGUCUUGUGGUCCUGUUUAUUUCGCGAGAGACACAAGAGGCCAAAUAUAUUAGGAACUGAGGGGAAAAAAAGAGUAACUACGCGGGCAGGUAACAGCCAUGAGUAUAAUGGGUGGAACACAUUUCAGGUCGUAACCCUUCCUCUUCAAGAAGGAUUCCGAACCGAAAAGUCAUCUGUCCAUUUCUCUUCACAGCUGCUGUCUGGCCUUCUCUGUUCGUCCAGCAUUUUAUUUUAUUUUUGCUUCCGUUUAUUAAUAUCAAUGUGGGGUUGAAGGCCUCAGACGGUUCGGCCCAUGAGUUGCCUCUUGUACUAGAUCAUGCCCACCACCCCUGACACGCUGGCUGCAUGAGAAACACGCACGCAGCAUGUUUGGUGGAGAGACUUUCACCAUGAAUGGACACAACCUGGAGAGGAGGCGGAGCCUGUUGUCAUGGGCGAGACUUAUUAUAAUAUGAGAAGGCUUGUAUUGGUUGGCAUGUCACUAGCAGCCGACUGUUUCAGCGUGGAAACCUCGAAACACAACUACCUUCUCUUGUCGUAGUUGGGUAGCCGCGAAUAUGUCGGAUCUUUCCAGGCGAGGCAGAACGUGCCCUAACCUUGGUACCAGACGCACGAAUUACCGCACCUGAAGCAAGCCCGGCACACAACGUGUGUGUAAUGUGCGGGGAAUCGCUGGUCGGCGUGGACUCGGUGGGCCGAAGGCCAGGUUUCCGCGCUGCAUAUCUAAACUAAACCAAACCGAACAUUUUCCGACAGGCAAUGCAAAUGCAAAGAGAUGAAUUUGCAAAAUUGAGCUGAGAGGGUGUCAAGUGCAUACGUGUGAUAUUUAUAUUCGGCGUACUGCGGGUUCACAACCCAGCUUCCUGCUUCCUUCUUCCCCAUUCAUCUUACACGGACUGAGCGACGGACACGCGUUGUACUGGUCUCCGUGAAGAGAACAAUGUGGAUUCCAAUUCUUAUCGUUUGUUCUCUACCCGUUUCAGGUGCGGUGUGGGGGAAGAAACAUGUAGACGGAGUUGUGGGAAGAGCGAUCACAAUCGAUUGUCACUAUGAAGCAGCGUACCGCUCACACACAAAAUACUGGUGUCAAGGGUGGACCCACCAGUGUAGAGUUUUAUUGGAAACAAAUGGGCAACAAGGACGGAGUGGAAGAGCGUCAAUCACAGAUAACCCGACACGAGGAAUAUUUACUGUGACUGUGGAGGAUCUUCGCUCUGGAGAAACAGGAUGGUACAGCUGUGGAAUUACUGCAUCUGGCUACGAUCCAUUGUUUAACGUUUAUCUCCAAGUAUCUGCCGAACCUGUGUCUGUUCCUGUGCUUGGAUUACUAUCACCAGCCAGUGUCUCCUGUGUCGGAGGCUCAGUGACAGUGUCCUGUAAGUCUGAGCGGGGAUCUCUUCCCAUUCGCUACACCUGGUAUGAAACUACCUUAAAGAUCUCAAAUAACAACAACCUGGAUCUACGUUGUCAAUACUUCAAACAACAAAGCCAUAAAUAUUACUGCAAAGCCUCAAAUAAUCGUGGGACAGAGUCCAGUGAAAUGGUUACUGUGGCAGUGUCCAACACCGGAGAGAAUUGCAGUUAUGUGGUGCAUUUCGGUAACAAUGCACCUGUAUAUUCUUGUGCAACAUCCACAACAGAAAAAAUGACGAGCGCAUCUUCUGCAUUUUCAAAUGUAGCCAGCGACCGCCAAAAGGAAAACAGUGAAGUCCAUUCCGCAAAAGGACUUAUUUUGAUAAUUGUUCUCAGUGGCACCGGGGUUCUGCUCAUUGUGGUAUUCGCUUUCCUACUAUUGUAUCUAAGGAAUAGACACAGGGAAUCCAAGUGCAACACACAACGCAGAGACAGGGCAAAUGGAACCCAGGGAAUACCAACACGGCGAGAAAGAGCUGCUCGUGUGAAUCUGCAGCAUUCCCGAGACGACGAGGCAGCUGACCAGUUGGCCAACAAUGACAGCGGGAUCAUGUAUGCAGCCGUGCAGUUUCAAAGGCGAUCGAGGAUGGGACAGUCCGUUACCAACAAAGACGACGUCAUCUCACAAGGAAAGCAUUCUGUCACCAGUGAGGACAAUGUCACCUAUGCAAAUGUUAACUUACCAAGCCGUACCCGAAAGGGCAAUGCCAGGUCCCCUGGCAACCUGCAAGAUUCUGCACAGCCAAUUUAUGCCAGCGUUGUUUCUUAGGGAAACUAUUUAUUGGAACUGUAUUCUUUGCGGCCUUGUCUUCGCUCCUCUGUUUUAUCAAGCUCCUGCGGCAUAAUCUAUGCACAUGCUAAAUUUGGCAAGCUUUCACAAAUUUAUUCUUUCAAGUUGCAUCCCCUUUCCCAAUUAGCCCAUCAUUGGCUAAUGUAUUCAAUUGCCAUUAUUUUCAAUGUCUUCUAUCCAUACGAUAGUUGUCUAGUGGCGAUAUCCAUCCUCACACAUAUUCCAACCUAAUUCCUUUCAUUGGUCUGGCUAAAAAGCUGAGAUCAAAAUCAAAAGUGUUUUAUUGUCACAUGUCCCAUACAGAACAAUGAAAUUCUUACCUGCAGCAGCAUAACAGAAUAUAUAAACAUAGGACAAUGUAAAUAAUUUAAACGAUAAAAAGUUCAGUGUGUAUGUGUAAGUAUGUGUGUGAUAUUUAAUAUAUUAUAUUA